AUGGAACCCUUUCCUGUCUCCGUCGACCGGCCCGCACAUUCCAAGGAUCUAUCCGGAUCACCAGUGCGAAUCCGUGAACUGCCCGUUCUGCUGGAUCGAACGCGCAGCGGAGCUAGUCCAAAAACCACCUCUUUACGCCGCGCCAACACGGUAGCACAAGGGAAUUUGAUCAAAAAGAGCCUGGAACGAAAGGCUACUCGGGAUAGGACCGCGACAACUGGGACUGCGCCGGGGGGAGGAGCCUCAGGGCUCAGGGCCAAGGAUAGCAGCGAACUAUUACGAAAAGCACCACUGCAACGAUCUCAAACACACCGGGGCCCAUUGGAAGCUCGUCCUGCAGGACGCAAAGCAGGUCAUUUUACGGUUGGAAGUGUUGGACAAAAUGGCAAGAUCUUUCUCAGGCCGAUUGCAAACCCACCCCAAAAAGAACCCCCAAUAGUGCCAUUCCCAUCUAUUGAUCAAGUGACGACCGAUCGCCUUCAGCCGCAACAAUAUGCUCACCCCCGAGAUGAUCCGUCCCGAUGGUCGAGCUCCCAGCUCUCCGAGUUACGUCCGCGCGAAACAAACCAAGAGGAUCAUGACUUCGAGGUCAAUGAAGUUACGCGACCUGAAUCAGCAAAUCGACUUCGUCAGCGAGCAAAUUCGUUAUCCACAAUAUCCGAUAAUCACUCGGCGUCUGGCGCGGGCAAGCGUGGAGAGCUACGCAUCGUCAUCGAUCGUUCUGAGGACCGGCCCAAGACCGCGAAUGAAAAGUCGCCUGACACUACGUUAGUGGUCCCCAUCCCUCAUUACCGGCUGGGCUCACCCAGGUUCAAUAACGAGGGUAGUGCGGCCCUGCAUACUUCCGUCUACACGCGAGCGUCAAUGUCCGACAAUUUUCGGAAUUCGACCUUGUUAGGGGGCAUGAUUGAUACUAUUCCUGCGCGUUAUCCGAGUAUGUAUAGCAGAGAUUCAUUUUCGCGUAAUCGAACGUCCUUCAAUCGGGCGUCCUUUGCAGUGUCCAUGUUCUCCGGGGCAGCUGCGAUAGACCUCAGUCGAGCUUCCCCGCUACCCAGAAAUUCGAUGGUGUAUGAGUUGAAGGGACCAGUUGAACCCUCCAUAUAUGAGACUUUGGUAUCAGACAUGGAUGGUGAAACGGUUGUGCGGUACAUUCCCGGCACCAAGGAUAUCAGUGCAGCCACACCCGCCCGCAUUGUGGCCCAGAUCUCUUCUGAGUCGUUCAUGGAUUAUGAAUUGGUAUCCGAUUUCUUUCUCACCUUUCGCUGCUAUUUAUCAUCAAAUCAUCUACUUGCUCUGUUGCUCGCACGCCUUCAGUGGGCAAUCAACCGCCUUCGAGAGGAUGGACGGAUCAUCCGAAUUCGUACUUUUGCGGCUCUGCGACACUGGAUUCUGAAUUAUUAUGUUGAUGACUUUGUUCCCAACUAUAAGCUCCGGACCCACUUUUGCGAGACCAUUAACAGCCUCUAUCAAGAGGUGAAAUGUCGACGAAAUGGUGGUAUGAGCGAUUUGAAAAUCCUGAUUGACUUGAAAAGAUGCUGGAAUGGCAAGUGCUCGGCUUACUGGACAGCGUCGGAGUUUUCUCGCGCCUACAAUGACCCCGACAGCCAAAUUUUGCCAGGAAGCGUAAUAAUGGAGCUGCCGAGUGAAGAGAUAGUCCAGGAAAAUGUUCCACUUCCUGGUGUGGUCGUUCAAACAGAGACUAAUUCCCGGAAGAGUUUCCCCGUCUCUACUCAGCAUGAUCGAAAUGACUCGGCUGGGACGGUACACAGUAUUCCAUUCUCAACAAAGAGUGAGCAAAGUAUGUUGGCACUCUCCUGCUCUUUACCACCUCCAAAGUCCCCAAGGCGGCUAUCUGCCCCUUACUACUCAAGGAGCAAAGCACCGCGCCCCGUUCCCUUGGGCCUUACCAAGUCAGUUUCGACUCAUGAAAGACAUCCUGUGUCUCCGAUGCUCUCGCGAUACCCAUUCCAUGGUCAUAAGAGAAGUGGCAGCUUCUCUGAUUCCGUGCGGGAUCCAAUGUCUGGUGUCGAGGCAGGCUCCGCCGCUGCCCCGCAGGAGAUAAUGGACCCCGUCAGCUUUAUUCGAGGUGCACUAUACCCUCCCGCUGAGUCAUACAUGACGAUGAUGGCACCAGAUUCUCCUCCUUUGGCUUUGCCGUCAUCUUCUUCCAAUCCGGACCGCCGAAGCACGCCGGAUGGCGGACCCAAACCGGCACAAUCGAGCUCCGGGGUGAAGACCAUCAUCGGCUCUAUAAGGCGGGCUCUUCAUACUAGGAACGGCGGUCAAAGUGUUUCUGCUCGCAUAGCCAAUGCUUCGGAAGCUCUCACCAUGCCUUACCGGGGGAAAACAUCAGCCAUGCCUAAUCACAUUGCUCUUGGUUCUGAUUUCUACCGCGACAGAAAGAUGGCGGCUACUCCCAAACGGCCCACACGAAUUGACUUGCUAUGUGAGCAGGCUUUGAGGCAGUAUAAAGAGGCUAUGGACAACUCAAACAAUCAAGAUAGCCAACCACAACCCAACGCCCCCGAAUUACAGAAAGCCUGGCAAGAUGCUCCUUUAGACAUCCCCGAGAGCAAUUUGGAAAUCCUCAAAGAUAAUAGCUCGAAAAUAAAAAGUGGGCUUACUACAGGUAGUGGGUCAAUCGUCAUCGUUGAUGAUACCGGAUUUGACUUCACUCCCUCUAUGUCUGGGGCUUUGGAAGAUCAUAGGCCUACUCGUGCCAUGGGUGAUCCGGUGCGCUUGGAUACUGGUGAUACACUUGCGUCAUCCAAGUCAUACUUGUCAACAUCGACUCGAGGCAAAAGUGAACAUACAGUUCCCAUCUAUUUCAAUGGUGAAAUUUCCGAAAUUUCACAAAAGCCACAUCCCUAUAGCAUGGCUUCCACUCGCCGAUCGUUUUCUACUGAACGGCAGUCUACUCCCCAGAAGAGAGCAUCACUUUCGCUCCGACUUCGGAAAUAUGCGUCCUUCCAGAGCGGAAUCUCGAGACAAAGAACGUCAAUGGGCAGCGAGGCAGGAAACUCUGUUGUGGACCCAAGCCUUACGCAUGAAGCAGAUAAGCCAUCCGGCCGUGCGCUUCGUAGAAGGCCCGGGGGAAACUUGCGACAGAUGCAAUAUGUGGAUGAUGUCGAGCCUGAUUCUCGUCGAGGGAGUGACAUGUCCAUUCGCUCGUAUGAUGAAUCUUUAGCUGAAAGUACGGUGACCGCAGAGUCACGGCCUUCCACCACCUUGAUUCCGCCUAAACCUCGGUUCUCAUUGAUUCAACCUCGAUCCAACCGCAACAUGAAACGAUCAUUCGAAGCGGCUAUUGCUCGAUUUGCGCAGAUUCCAGAUGAUGAUGAUGGAGGUAUCGAGUCGACUUUGUUGAAGCUAGAGGGUAAGUGGCCUAGCUCACCGCCGGCUGAUCAAGAGGCUGGAUUCGAGCAGACGACCAAGAAUUUCGCUCAACAUGACAAUGAAAGAAGCGAUGGUCCUUCGGAUGUUAUCUCCCGAAGGCGGCAGACAGAUAAAUCUGGUUACUCUACCGUCGGAGGGCGGUUGGCGCCUCCAAGACCGUAUUCGGAUUCCGUGGCAGAUUCUGAAGACUCCUACAAUUCGAUUCCUCUUCUUGAGCGUGGCCUGAGCGAUGAAUCAAUGAAACGGCCAACAGUGAAUCGAGCGCAGGCCAACAGCCAAGUUCUUGAUGUGCAAGGGGCCCCUCUCAGUCUGAUCUCUAGUCGGGAUACCUCUGAAUUGGCAUCGUCGCACCCGUCAAUCCAGAUCAUCCACGACACGGAUAGCAUUCGCCGUAUUCCCCCAGGCUCGACGCUCCCCCGACCAGCCUCCUUUGGCAUGGGACAAGCCACCCCCAAGCGUUUGUCGGCCAUGUCUGUUGACAUGAUUGACCCACGCGAGGCCAUAGAGGGUCGCUUCUCCACAGAUAACCCUAGCUUGGGUUCGUCGACGAUCGAGAUCACACCUCAUCCCCUGGGGCACCCCCCUUCUCCCCCAAUGACCAUUCAACACCCAAGCUCUCUCACACCAUGUGUCUCGCCUAUGGAGAAGAUCCUUUUCCAGGCUCAGCCCCCUACACCCGAUACUUCACCUAGGCGUCGUGGGAUUGAAACAGCCACCUCACAGUCUAGAGAUGUACCUCAAUUCUCCAGCGAUGUUCUUUUGAACUCUGAAAAGGAUCAUCCGCAUGUCAAUGAUGAUUCCUCAGAUCACAUCCCCUUCAUCCUCUCCUGUGAAUCUCAAAUGCUUGCUCAGCAACUGACACUUGUUGAAAUGGCUGCGCUGAGCGAGGUUGAUUGGCGAGACUUGGUUGAUAUGCGAUGGAGCAGCGGCUCUCAAUGUAUUGCAAGCUGGGUUGAGUUCCUCACUGCCGAGGAGCGCAAGGGUAUUGAUUUGGUUGUUGGCCGCUUCAACCUCAUGGUGAGAUGGGUCGUCUCGGAGAUUGUUCUCACCCGCGAUAUCCACGAGCGAGCCCGCACAAUCAUUAAGUUUAUCCACACGGCCGCUCAUGCGCGCCGCAUUUCCAACUAUGCGACCAUGCUGCAGAUUGCCAUUGCCCUGUCUUCAUCGGACUGUUCCCGACUAUCCAAUACCUGGCAACUUGUUCCUUUGGAAGACAAACGACUGUUCAAAGAUAUGGAGUGCCUGAUCCAGCCUGUUCGCAACUUCAAUGACCUUCGCGUUGAGAUGGAGACAGCCAACUUGCAGGAAGGCUGUAUUCCUUUUAUUGGCCUUUAUGUACAUGACCUUACUUAUAAUUCCCAAAAGCCAGCACAGAUCCCUCGAGCCGAGGGAGGGCUUUUGGUUAACUUUGAACGAUACCGCACAGCUGCUCGGAUUGUCAAGAGCCUGCUCCGGUUGAUCGAUGCCAGCACCAAGUACCGCUUCGAGCCUGUCCAGGGUGUGAUCGAGCGGUGCCUCUGGAUUGCAUGCCUUUCCGAGGAUGAGAUUCAAUCUCGAAGUAAACAACUCGAAUGA